AUGAACACCACGGAGGAGAGUCCCGUCCGAAAAGAGGAGAGGGAGGAAUUUUUCAAACUGCUUGGUGAGGAACACAAAAUUCUAUCUUAACAUAUACAAUUUUUACUCUGUAGAUUUUACAUUAUUAAACAUGUUCAUAUUAAGGGAUACUAAAACAUAAUCCCAAGGAACUGUACGGUGAUUUCAUUCUUUAAUUAUACAAACAGUGAAUUGCAGAUUCACAAUAAAUCCAAACCAUCGGUUCGUUAUUAGAAGUCUUUUUGUUGACCUAUUUUAGUUAUUUUUACAAAUUUUUCUUCAUUUUAUCUGUACUUCUUCUUGUAGAAAAUGACAUCAUCAAGGAGUAUCUUGACCAGGACAGGUGCUUGAGGACAUCAGAUAAAGUAAAUGUACCCAUGUUUUCAGUCCUAGAAACUGGGUGAAGGGCAGGUUUGGGGUCACAUGGGAUUCUAUUAACCCUUUAAGAAGUUCCGUCAUGAUCCCCUUUUAUUUCGGAAGUUGUGUCCUUAAGGGGUUAACUAAAGACAGAAUUCACAGUGAACACAAUUUUACAUUUUAAAGUGAGAAUUGCUUAAAGGGAAACUAUAGUGCCAGGAAAGUUGUUUUCAUUGCACUAUAGCUCCCUAUAGUGCCACUCAGUGGUUCAGAAGGGGGUUAAAAACCCCUUCUGUCAUUUACUUGAGUCCAGUGCAGAUGUUCCUCGGCGCUGGUUUGGGCCAUCCUCCGCAGCAAUGGCUCUGCUCCCAUUAGUAUUCUCCCCAUAGGAAAGCAUGUUUAGUAUUUACUAAAGUUUCUCAAUAACUGCAAUAAUUACUACUGCAAGGUUAAGGGGACUGGGACAGUGUACCCAAAUCACUUCAAUGCACUGAAGUGGUCUGGGUGCCUAUAUUCAUGUGUCUGCUAUUUAGGCGUUAAAUCACUUUGCUUAUGCUGCCCUAGUCACACCUUUCUUGUAUGUGAUCUACACAGUCUCUCUGCACAUUUUCUGUAAAGAGGGAUCUCAACGUCCUUUAUUGCACAUUGUGUUUAAUUUAGAUGUUCUGUUAAUAGCCUAAGACCUAAUGUGCAGGUGCGGCAAUGGCCGCAGUCGCAAUAGAACAACCCCACAGGAAAGCAUUAUAGAAUGCUUUCCUAUAAGGUUUUGGAUGACGCUGGAUGAUCUAAUGCAACAAACCUGAAGUCCCUCUAGUAGACAGCCACUAGGAGCGGGGUUAACCCUGGAUAGGUAAUUAUUGUAGUUAAUUUAAAAACUGCAAUAAUUACCUUUCCAGGGUUAAGGGACCCGGGGGUAUGCACCCAGACCAAAAUCAAUGAGCUGAAGUAGUCUAGGUGCUUAUAGUGUCUCUAAGUUCAGAACGUAAAACUAUAUCACUAUCUGCUACUGUUGCGCAGGAUAAUAGCUUGGUAUGUUUGUCAACUCUGUACAACUCCAAGUAGUUUAAAUUUAAAGGACAACAUAUAGAAGAUGGUAAGUAGCUUGGAGAUUUUGUUUUUCAAACCCUGCUAUUUCUGGGCUGAAUUCACAGCUCACAAACAUGCAUUCUUUUGUUAAAACUGACAAAUACCAGAGUAAUUUGUUAAAUUGUUUUACAACAGAUCACAACUUACUUGUGUCCCCAGUUGCCCACUGCACAUUCUGCCUCUCCUGCAGGAGAAGCAAGAUGUCUUUGAUAAUUGAGCAUUGCCGAUUUUAAGGAACACCUCAACCACCAUUAUAGAAUAUUGAGUGGUUAUGGUGCCAGGAGUGCCUUAGCACACCCCUUCCAAUAUAAAUAGUGAAACCAUUUGCUAGCGGCAGUGCAGGAUUGACUGCCUGAGAGAUAUCAGGUGAUGCUGAUGAGCUGGCCCUACACACAGGAGGCUUCUCAAAGGAGAAAGUGACCAGCGCGCCUCAGGUAAGUAACAAACCAUUUGACUACUUACAUGGGAAAGAGGGGCGCCAGGACAUUCCUAACACCAUAACUACUACAUAAUGUGUAGUGGUUAUGGUGUUUAGAGUGUUAAUUUAAUCAACGUUUCAUGUAUAGACCUAGAAUUCAUUGCUGCAGGUUGUAGAGCAGUUAUGGUUUAAUUAUAAAGAUUUAGCAGUUUUAGGUGUAUUUCUUGUGCUUUGACGUUUUCCAGCCUUCGUUGGCCACAAUUAAAAAUCAACGACUGAUAUAUAUAAAUUUAACCCCCACACUGUUUCUCUAGUUCCUUCUAGCAAUGGUGCUGGCCUAUUUCCAUCGGGCAAAAAUGGACCUGGAUGAAUAUAAUGUUCUAAUGUUUUUCACUGCUCUGUAAGUUGUCAUUUUUAUACUUUUAUUUAUAGCUAAAAGAAAACACAAUAACGAGGAUUUAUUUUCCUUUCAGCAUGUUUAAUUAGGAAAUUGUAGGUCAUACGUAUAGCAAUAUAAAAUACAUAUAAACAUAAAUGGAUUAGGACCAGAGACAGACAGAUACCGCAGGGUCCUAAGCAGGCCACCAGUUUGCCCCCCAUUCACUAUUCAUAUAGGGAUGGCUCCAGGGCCCCUGUCUAACUACUGGAACCUAGGCAGCUGACUAAGGUCGCCUUAUCAGGGCUGUCUUUAAUAUUGAUUGGGCCCUGGGCAAGCAUUUGAUGGGGCCCCCUGACCCCCACUCCCUGACAUGCAAUCACGACCUCCACUUCCCAACGCAGUAGCAGAACCAUUUUCCCAUGCUUGCAGAGUUGUACUUAGCACUCAGUUGUGUUUGUGUGUUUGAAUGGAAGCAUAUUUUUGUAUGGAAUAUGUUUGUGUAAAUGUAGGGGUGUGUUUGUAUGUGGUGUUGGUGUUUGAAUGCAAGUAUGCAUCUAUGUGUAUUUUUUUUUUUAAUGUUGGGGUGUUUAUAUAUAUAUAUUUUUGGUGUUUGUAUGUAGUGUUGAAGGUUGAAUGCAGGGGUGUACUUGUGUGUAGUGUUGGUGAUUUGAAUGAUGAGAUGUAUGUACAUGUACACAUACUAUGCCACACACUGAAACACAUGCAGAUACACAGAUACAAACACUGACACUAACACACAUGCCGAUACAGACUGACACAGAUACACAACCUGACACACAUACAGACACACAGAUACACAACCUGGCCCACAUACAGACACACAGAUACACAACCUGACACACAGAUACACAACCUGACGCACAUACAGAGACAUAUAUACAAACACUGACACCUAUGGAUACUCAGACAAACUGAUGCAUAUACUGACACAAAUGCAGAUACACAGAUAAAAACAUUGACUAUAUACAGAUGCACACACAGAUAUACACAUGCAGGUACACACACUGACAACAUACAGAUACACAAAUACAUACAAUGAUAACAUACAGAUAUACACACACAGACACGCAGAUACAAAACCUGACACAUGCAGAUACACAAAGACCACAUAGAGAAACAUAGAUAUACUAAAUACAGAUACAGAUAUACAUACUGACAGACAUACUGACACACAGACACCCUGACAGACACUCACACACACACACAGACGUACUAAGACACACAUAAAUACUGACACACACGCGACGUUUACAUUUUUACACACUGACAGACAAACUGACACGCACAGACAGACAUACUGACACGCACAGACACGCCCUGAAAGACGCACAGACACGCCCUGAAAGACAUACUGACACGCACAGACAUACUAAGACACACAUACUCACACACACAGAUAUACUGACACAGACAGACAUACUAAGACACACACAGACACCCUGACAGACAUACUCACACACAUACUAAGACACACACAGACACCCACACAUAAAUGGUGACAUAAACACACACAGAAACCCUGACAGACAUACUCACACGCAUACUGACAGACAUACUGAGACACACAUGCGACGUUUACAUUUUUACACACUGACAUGCCCUGAAAAAGACAUACUGACACGCACAGACACGCCCUGAAAGACAUACUGACACGCACAGACACGCCCUGAAAGACAUACUGACACACAGACAGACAUACUAAGACACACCCUGACAGACAUACUCACACACAUACUAAGACACACACAGACACCCAAACAUAAAUGGUGACAUACACACACACAGAAACCCUGACAGACAUACUGACACACACAAAUAUUGACACACACAUGCGACGUUUACAUUUUUACACACUGACAGACAUACUGACAUGCCCUGAAAAAGACAUACUGACACGCACAGACACGCCCUGAAAGACAUACUGACACGCACAGACACGCCGUGAAAGACAUACUGACACGCACAGACACGCCCUGAAAGACAUACUGACACACAGACAUACUAAGACACACCCUAACAGACAUACUCACACACAUACUAAGACACACACAGACACCCAAACAUAAAUGGUGACAUACACACACACAGAAACCCUGACAGACAUACUGACACACACAAAUACUGACACACACAUGCGACGUUUACAUUUUUACACACUGACAGACAUACUGACAUGCCCUGAAAGACAUACUGACACGCACAGACACGCCCUGAAAGACAUACUGACACACAUACUCACACACACACACACAGAUAUACUGACACACAGACAGACAUACUAAGACACACCGUGACAGACAUACUCACACACAUACUAAGACACACACAGACACCCACACAUAAAUGGUGACAUACACACACACAGAAACCCUGACAGACAUACUCACACGCAUACUGACAGACAUACUGACACACACAUGCGACAUUUACAUUUUUAUACACUGACAGACAUACUGACACGCCCUGAAAGACAUACUGACACGCACAGACACGUCCUGAAAGACAUACUAAGACACACAGACACCCUGACACACACACUCACACACAUACUAAGACACACACAGACACCCACACAGAAAUGGUGACAUACACACACAGAAACCCUGACAGACAUACUCACACACAUACUAAGACACACACAGACAUACUGACUCACACAAAUACUGACACACAAACAUGCAAAGUUUACAUUUAUAAAACCACCCUCCAGCCUACCUUAUGGGUUCCCUGGGGUGCAGUGGCAGGCUGAGGUUGUUGGGAGUGUGAGGCUCUGGCACUCCAGCUUCCUCCUGACGGCCUCCUCCUCCUCCAUCCCGCGCAGCUUCAUUCUAUCUGGGAGGAAGUGACUCAUGGCAUUUACUUCUUCCCAGCCUGCUGCAGUAAAACAAGGGGGCCCGUUCGCGCUGUUAACCCCUUAAGGACACAUGACAUGCGUGACAUGUCAUGAUUCCCUUUUAUUCCAGAAGUUUGGUCCUUAAGGGGUUAAGGGGCCACAUCGUUCGACCGGGCCCUCUUAGUGUGUGGGGGGCAAAUAACUUUUUUUUUUUUUUGCGGACAGCGGGGCCCACGGAGUAGCUGCUUUGGGCCUCCCAGGAGUAAGUGGGCCCGGGGGCAGCUGCCCCGUUUGCCCAGCUUUAAAGACGGCGGUGCGCCUUAUGGUUAAUCCAGUUUUGAUUAGAACAGAUUGAAAAGCAGAAAGGGCAAUGCAGCCUGGGUAUGAUCUACUGUACAAAAAAGUCAGACAAAUAACCAGGCAUAAAGGAGCGCACACCCUGUUUAGUACAUAAAAUAGGAAGGAACUGUCACUUUGAAUCCAUAAUACUGUCAUGGCAGCUAUAUUCAUACUUAAAAGGUUAUUCACUAGACAAGUGAUUGUUAGGAAUUCAAAGUAAAUUCAAAUCUAACUUUUUCAGCCAAUAUAGCAAAUCCUAACAAAUAGCAGACUAAAAUAAUAUUUUUCCUAAUUUGCUGUAAAUUUGCCAGCACUUUAGAUAAUUCAAACUUGGAAAGAUCACCUUCAGUGAUUAGACCUUACAGGCGUACUGUUUGUACAGGUCCUUGGCAAACAUGGUUGAAGAAGAUGAGCCUUUCCAGCGCGAGAUUUAUCCCUGGGUUCUAGGCCAGACAUGGUUUGUGCUGCUGCCAGAGUUUGAAAGGCUACGUAACCUCUUCUGGGAGAGGAUGAAUUAUCGAGGCCUUGUCACCCGCAGCACGUGCGAGCAGGUUUGUAACAAGGAAAGUCCUAAAACAUUUCCCAAAUGUGCAUCUGUCAUGAUAAUAUGUUACUUUAAAGAGGCUCUGUCACUCGCCCCCUCAAACAUUUCAUAAUGAAGAAAUCUUUGUGCUCAGUAGUAGGGACUACUUUGUCUUAUGUAUUUUGUUCUAUGCCUGACAAAAGGCAGAACUAGCUUUUGUCAAGACCUCAGCCAUCACUAGUAAAGAGUUUUGGGGGAAAAAUACUCUUUCUAUGGAAGAACCCACACUGUCUCAUUUGACCCUCCACAGACAUCAGUAUUGUACGCUUGUGUAUGUUCUAGAGAAUAAAACUGCCAUGGGCUCCUGACAGAUGAAGAGCCAGGAACUGAAGAGGACCUUGCAGAAAAUAAAAAGCGGAUAUUCGCAAGGUACAGCACUGCCAUUCAGUGUCUCCACCCUGUGUAUAGAGACACUGAACUUUCCACAUAGAGACGCAUUGAUUCAAUGCAACUGUAUGAGGAGAUGAUGAUUGGCCAGGGCUGUGUUAGGUUUGUGCUGGCUCUGCCUCCUUGACAGUCACAGCCAAUCUAAUGCUUUUCUAUGGGAAAGCAUUCUGAUUGGCUCAGUUCAACACUUCCGAUGACGUAAUCCAAGCAGGCAGAUCAGGGGCAGAGCCAGCAGCAGCAGACUGGAGUACAGGUAAGAUUUAGCUUUAUUUAGGAGGGCAAUGGGAGCUAGAUGGUGGUUUUAAUGCUAUAGGGUCAGAAAUACAUGUUUGUGUUCCUGACCCUAUAGAGUUUCUUAAACCGUAAAAUAGGCUAUUAAUAAGAUUUUACGUAUCUACAUAUUUUCUAAACUCCUACACACCAAAUUAACCUCAUAAACUAUGUGUUUUUAAUUUUUUGUAGAUAAUGGGAGAGGAUCCAAUGCACUGGGCGUGGUUAAGAGUACGCAAAGACCACCAUAGCUGGGUAUUUCGAUCUCAUCUAAGAUGGAAGGAUGAAUACAGACUUCGAGGCCCAGGAAGAAGCCCCAUUAAUUGUUAUCUAUGUGCCUUCUAA